AUGACUCAGGCACAUAAGCGAGAAAGGGAUGACACAGUUAGUGAAAAAGAAUGUAUUAUCCAGAGUAAACCAAGUGCACUUAAAAAGUGUGUUGAUUGCCUAAUAGGAAAGCAGAACAGAGUUUCCUUCAGGAGUUCCCUUCCUUAUAGAAUGAAGAACAUGUUGGAUUUGGUAAACUCAGACUUGCGUGGGCUAAUGCUAAAGUCACUUGGUGGUGCUCCAUACUUUGUGACUUUCAUUGAUGAUCAUUCCAGGAAGAUUGUUGGUGUGAAAGUAGAUGAUGAAGAUAAAGCCCUUAUUCUUCUAAGCUCUCUCCCACAAUCUUAUAAAAGCUUGGUAACAACAUUAACAGUUGGAAAGAAGACUUUAAAGGUGGAGGAGGUUACUACAUUUAUCUUAGAUGAUGAGAAGUUCAAGAAGAUAGGUAGUAGCAAUGAAGGUGGAGCUUUUAUUUCUUGUUCUAGUCGCAAUAGAAGCAAUCCAUAUAAAAACAAUUGGAGAAGAAAUAGUAGAUCAAGUUCGAGACUAUGGAAGGAGUGGUUUGAUGUGAUUGAAGAAAAGAGAGGAGAGAAAGUGAAGCUAGAUAAUGGGUACAAGAUAGAAGUUAAAGUUGUUGGAAGUGUGAAUAUCAAGCUGCAUGAUUCUUUGGGUUAUGGUUAUUCAAUUCAUGGUGGAGUCAUGAGAGUUAGUCGAGAUGCUCUUAUAAUUAUGAAGGGUGAGAAGAUUGGUGCAAAAAAUCUUUAUAAAUUGGAAGGAAGCACAUUGAUUGGAAGAAUGCAAGUUGAGGCAAGAGGCAACACCAACAAUCAAGAGUGCAAGAAACCACGCUGCCAUGAUGAUGAGAGCUCUGCUUUGUUCCAAUUCAAGGAAAGCUUUAUCAUCGACAAUACCUUUGAUGAUUGUUAUCCAAAGGUUGAAUCUUGGAAACUUGUCAAAGGAGAAAGAGGUGAUUGCUGCUCAUGGGAUGGGGUGCAGUGUGAUGAGGAAACUAAUCAUGUUAUCAGCCUUAACCUUGCUAAUAGUUGUCUCUAUGGCUCCAUCAACUCCAACAACACCCUCUUCCGCCUUGUUCACCUCCAUAGCCUUAAUCUAGCCUGUAAUGACUUCAACUUAUCUCAAAUACCAUCCCAAAUAGGCCGCCUCUCAAGGCUGACUCAUCUCAACCUGUCCUUUUCAAGCCUUUCUGGCCAAAUCCCACAACAAAUUUUUAAUCUAUCCAGGUUGAUUUCCCUUGAUCUAUCUCGUUAUCACCAUGGAUUGAAGCUUCACAAUCCUAGUUUCAAAGAUCUAGUUCAACACUUGACCAAUUUGAAAGUACUUCACCUCUCAUCCAUGAACAUUUCUUCAAAGGUACCUGAACUCUUGGCAAAUUUUUCAUCUUUGGAAUCUCUCCGUCUCAGUGGUUGUGCACUUCAAGGUGAAUUCCCAGUUGGCAUUUUUCAGCUUCCAAACCUAAAGAUACUUGAUCUAAGCUACAACCCUGAUCUCAAAGGUUAUUUGCCCCCUUUCCAAUUGAAGAGUGCCCUUAAAUCUUUGAUCCUUUCUGGAUCGAAUUUUGUUGGAGAGUUGCCUUCCUCUUUUGGAAACCUUGCCUACUUAGAAGAACUCGACAUCUACCGUUGCAAUUUCACAGGAAAGAUUCCAUACUCAUUCAGGAACCUUAGCAAGCUUGUUUAUCUUGACCUUUCACGUAAUCACUUUAGCCCAAGUAUUUCUUCAUUCUCUUCGGUUGGCAAUCUAACCAAGAUCACUACUUUGCGACUUGUCGGUCUCAACUUGACAGGUGAGAUCCCAUCUUGGCUCAUGAACCUUACUCAACUUUCUGUAGUAAAUUUGCGUCAAAACCAACUCACCGGUCCUAUCCCAUCUUGGCUUAUGAACCUCACUCAGCUUUCUUUAGUAAAUUUGGGUUUCAACCAACUCACCGGUCCUAUCCCAUCUAGCCUUGCCAAACUGAGCAAACUUGAAAAUGUAUUUUUCUGGAAUAACCAAUUGUCUGGUCAAAUCCCAUUCCAAAUUUACAAUUUAACCUCAUUAUGUAAUUUAGAACUUUCAUCAAAUGACUUGCAAGGCUCAAUUCCAAGCAAUGUUUCUCGACUCAAAAAUCUUGAAGGCCUUGACCUUCAUUCAAACAACUUGGUUGGCUCUGUUGACCUGAGCGCAUUCUUGCAGCUCAAAAAGUUGAGAUUAUUGAUUUUAUCAUUCAAUAGCUUAACAUUGAUCACCAAAAUUAGUACAACUGCCAGCACUCCAAAAUUCCAAGUGUUAGGAUUAGCCUCCUGCAAUCUAGCCGGGUUCCCCAGGUUCUUACAUAACCAAGAUCAGUUGGAAUUUCUAGACCUCUCGUCCAACAACAUACUGGGCAAACUUCCUUCAUGGAUGUGUAGCAUAAGUACAAAUUACUUGGACUAUUUGAACCUUUCUCAUAACCUUUUAACUGGUUUUGAAAAAGAACCAGCUCUUUUUCAAUGGGCUCAAAUACGCAUAUUAGACCUCAGGUCUAAUAGGCUCCAUGGAUCUCUCCCACUUCCUCCAUCAUCCACCUUUUCCUACCUAAUUUCACACAACAAAUUGGUAGGUGAAGUUUCAGCAUUGCUAUGCAAAUUAAGUGCUCUUGAAACUCUGGAUUUAUCUUUCAACAAUUUGAGCGGCAGUCUUCCCCAUUGUUUGGGUAAUUUAAGUGAUUCCUUAUCAUUGUUGGAUCUAAGAAGAAACAACUUCAAUGGAAGUAUUCCUUCAACAUGGAGAACUGGAUGCAAAUUGAGAAUGAUUAGCAUCGGUUAUAAUCAAUUACAAGGGAAAGUACCAAGAACUUUAGCCAAGUGUUCAUCAUUAGAGUUGAUUGAUUUUGGUAAAAACCUUAUAAUUGAUAGAUUUCCUUCUUGGCUACGAAAUCUUCAAGACUUGAGAAUUCUUAUUCUGCGAUCCAAUGGUUUUUAUGGUGUGAUAGACAAACCACAAGCCAAAGGAUUCUCAAAUCUUCGAGUCAUCGAUUUAUCUCACAACAGUUUCACUGGAAAGUUGUCAUCAAUACACUUUGAAAUAUGGGAUGCCAUGAAAGUUAUAAAUGCAAGCCUGAUGACAUAUAUGGGAGAUAGUAUGGGGCCUAACGACUGGUUUCCCGCUGGAGCAUAUUAUGGUCGAUAUGAUUACUCGAUGAUUUUGUAUAGCAAAGGAUUAGAAUUGGAAUAUACAAAGAUCCCAGAUAUUUUAACUGCCAUUGAUUUCUCCUACAACAAAUUUGAAGGAGAGAUACCAGAUAUCAUUGGAAAUCUUCAAAAGCUUUAUUUGCUUAACCUUUCCAACAACUUUUUGAAUGGUCAUAUACCAUCAUCUUUAGCAAAUUUGAAAGCAUUAGAAUGCUUGGACCUAUCAAGGAACAUGCUCUCAGGAAAGUUACCUUCCGAGCUAAGUAAGCUCACCUUCCUUUCUUCUUUUAAUGUUUCUUAUAAUCAGCUUGAAGGACCCAUUCCACGAGGGAACCAAUUUGAUACAUUUGAGAGCAAUCGAUAUGAGGGAAAUAAGGGAUUAUGUGGAUUUCCUUUGAAAAAGAAAUGUGAAAAUUUUGAGGCAUCACCACAAGAGCGUUCAAAUGUUGUAGAAGAUGAUGAUACAGGUUUUGUAUUUAAAUUUAAGUGGAUGAUAGUUUUGAUAGGUUAUGGGAGUGGAUUCAUAUUUGGUGUGGUUGUUGGGCACAAGGUCACCAGAAAGAAACACAAUUGGUUUUUGAAGACUUUUGGAAGGAAACAACAGCACAGAAGUCAAAGGGUGAACAGGAGGAGAAGUAUAAGUUGA